UGUUCUGUAUUUACUCAGGUCAUGAUACUUCUGCAUUGUGCUUAGUGAAGCAGAUCAUUUGCCGAGUUGAAUGCAAAGCAGAUAAUUCAAAAGUUUGCUUGCUUUUGGACCAUCUGUGAUCCCCAUCCGGUUUGAAGGUGGAUCUGUAUCAGUUUUAUAGAAGAAUGGCCGAGAGUUACCAUGACCCUCACUACCAGCUAGCAGCUGCAGCUGCCGCUGCUGGAGUGGGUGCGGCACCAAAUGGAACUGGAGAUGACAGCGGUGAAGCAGACAAGCAGAAGAAGGCUGCCCAGGCCAAAGCAGCAGCACCAAAAAAGACAACUGGUAGACGUGAAACUGGUUUCACUAAGACCUACAAGCUGAGCCCUGAGUUGGCUGAAAUUGUUGGAGCUGAGGCAAUGCCACGUCAUGAAGUGGUGAAGCGAAUGUGGGCCAUCAUCAAAGAAAGGAAUCUCUAUGAUCCCAAGAAUAAGCAGUUUGCCAUAUGUGAUGACCAGCUCCUCAAAGUCUUUGGUGUAAAACGCUUCCGAACCUUUGGAAUGAUGAAGUUCUUGAAGCACCACUUCUUGGAAAGCUAAGCUGCUCUUCAGCCAGGGACUGUGUGAUCAUACACAAACCCAUGAAAACCGCGUGAAUCGGAAGAAACAUACAGCCAUGUGGUAUGUACAAAUUUUUUGAUUGGAUUCUGUGGAUUUUAAGUGCUUCAGCUACUUCUGUUUUGUUUCUACAAUCAAGGCCAUUGAAAUUCAAUCUCAAAUUGAUGAUUCUCUAGCUCGUAGCCUUUCAUUUCAGAGUGCAAAGACCACAGGGUUUGUUCCUGUGACAGAUAUCUCUCCCUCUCUUAUGUACAGCAAGUAUUGAACAUGAGUGUAUAUGCCUGAUGUCAGACAGGAAUGUGUGUGCCUGUGUGAAAGUUUCUUCUGGGUUUUUUUUUCACUCUGUUAUGUGAGUGAACUCGUGUAGAUACUGCGGGCCUCAAAGUGUGGGGGGG